CAGCCCGCUGCUGUGAAGUUAAUUCAAGAAGGGAGUCACAAGCCCGAUCUUAGAGAACUUUUCUAAGUGGAGAAACCCUGAAAGCGUUUAGGGAAGUGGUGGCUAACGGGCGAUAAGAUAAUUACUAUGAUAAGAUAAUCAUGGUAUGAGGAUCACUCCCGGAAGCGCUAAGCUUCAAAAACCAAACCGAACAAACAAAAACGAGCAGGGCCUAGAGACUCCCUUCGGAUAAACGGAGCAUCAAUCCACCUUGGAGGUUUUUCAAGCCCAGCGCUCCAACCAGGAAGCGUAAGCCCAGACCCCUGCGGUCCAGGCCGGAAGGGGAGGCGGAAGAGGCGGGGCGUCUCGCUGACGCCACGGACCCCAAAGCGCUUGAGCUUCCAGAGCGGACUGAGCGGCGGGGAGUAUGGCGGUCGCCAGCGAGUCUCUGGGCCUCUUGGUCUCCGAGCUGUACGACGUGCAGGCGUUCAAGUUCGGGAGCUUUGUGCUGAAGAGCGGGCUCACCUCCCCUGUCUACAUCGACCUGCGGGGCAUCGUGUCCCGCCCGCGUCUUCUGAGUCAGGUCGCAGACAUUUUAUUCCAAACUGCAAAAAAUGCGGAGAUCAGUUUUGACAGUGUGUGUGGCGUUCCUUACACAGCGUUGCCACUAGCUACGGUUAUCUGUUCAACCAAUCACAUUCCCAUGCUCAAGAGGAAAGAAACAAAAGAUUACGGUACCAAGCGUCUUGUAGAAGGAGAGAUUAAUCCAGGGCAAACCUGUCUGAUCAUUGAGGAUGUCGUCACCAGUGGGGCCAGUGUUUUGGAAACGGUUGAAGUUCUUCAGAAGGAGGGCCUGAAGGUGACUGAUGCCAUCGUGCUGUUAGCGGAGCAGGGAGGCAAGGACAAGCUGCAGGCCCAGGGGAUCCGUCUCCAUUCCGUGUGCACGUUGUCCGAGAUGCUGGCGAUCCUCGAGCAGCAGAAAAAAAUUGAUGCCGAGAUGGUCGGGCGAGUGAAGAGGUUCAUCCAGGAGAAUGUUUUCCCAGCAGCUCAUCAGAAUGGUGUUCCCCCUCCUGAGAAGAAAGCAUGCAAAGAACUGAGCUUUGGUGCACGAGCGGAGCUGCCCGGAGUCCACCCACUUGCCUCGAAACUUCUCAGGCUCAUGCAGAAGAAGGAGAGCAACCUGUGUCUGUCUGCUGAUGUCUCAGAGGCCAGAGAGCUGCUGCAGCUAGCAGAUGCCUUGGGACCCAGCAUCUGCAUGCUCAAAACUCACGUCGAUAUUCUGAAUGAUUUUACUCUGGAUGUGAUGGAGGAGUUGGUAGCUCUGGCAAAACGCCAUGAGUUCUUAAUAUUUGAAGAUAGGAAAUUCGCUGAUAUAGGAAACACAGUGAAAAAGCAGUAUGAAGGUGGCAUCUUUAAAAUAGCUUCCUGGGCAGAUCUGGUAAAUGCCCAUGUGGUCCCCGGCUCGGGAGUUGUGAGAGGCUUGCAGGAAGUAGGCCUGCCUUUACAUCGAGCGUGCCUGCUCAUCGCAGAGAUGAGCUCUGCCGGCUCCUUGGCCACUGGAAACUACACCAGAGCAGCAGUUGGGAUGGCCGAGGAGCACUCUGGAUUUGUGAUUGGCUUUAUUUCCGGCUCCCGAGUAAGCACGAGACCAGAGUUUCUUCACUUGACCCCAGGAGUUCAGUUGGAAACAGGAGGAGAUCACCUCGGCCAGCAGUACAAUAGUCCUCAAGAAGUGAUCGGCAAACGGGGUUCUGAUGUCAUCAUUGUUGGCCGGGGAAUCCUUGCAGCAUCUAACCGCCUGGAAGCAGCUGAGAUGUACAGAAAAGCUGCCUGGGAAGCUUAUUUGAGUAGGCUUGCUGUUUAAUGAGAAGACACGUGCCUCACAAGCCACUGGCUUUAAAGCAACAGUACCCUGCAGUGCUCAGGGUCCUGCGCUGAACCAUUAAGGGACAGACUCUGGAGCCCUGGUGUCCUGAACGUGUAACCACUGCAUGGGUACUGUAACGAACUCUUUCUAAUGCUUGCUUUCAUUGGUGUUCGGCAGCCACCACCUUUCUGAGUCCCUUCGUCUCAGUCACAUCCAACGUUAGCUAGCCACCUACCUCCUUCAGUGCCAUGAAGCUGGACCCUUGAACAGAGCAGGAGUUCUGGUUCGUUCUCCUCAGUGAUCAGUGUAGAAAGUCACAGCUUCCUCCUGCUUCAUCUGGACGGCAGCCCGCUGCACCUAAGAACACAGUAACACCAGUUCCGCUCUCAUUCCUGUGUUUGCCCAUAGUGAUGGCUCAGCGGUUAAGAGCACGGUUGCUCUUCCAGAGCAGCAGCAUUGGCUUCCCAGCACCCACAUGGGGACCUACAACCAUCUGCGACUCCAGUUCCUCUCCUAACUUCCUCAGGCUACAGCUCCACCUAAAAUAUAUAUGAACUUUAUUUUAAAGUAAUCUUUCCCAGUGCUUAAAAAGGGAGAAUUUUUUUCUGCCCACUGCAAGUGGAAUUCACUUCCCCCUCAAACUUGAACCGUCUUCCCCUUUGGUUCACGUUCUUCCCAAGGAACCUUCACACACCUGCCCGCAGUGCUUUGUUCUUACUGCUGCCCAAGGCAAGCUCCUUUAGCAUUCAUUCGGCAGAUAGCUGUAUGUCGAUUGAGAAGACCGGUGUGUAUCAGAUGGAAUGGUUUGAGUGGGUCCAUAUGCUAACCAUGUAGCCUGCUAACUUUUUAAUUUAUUUAUUAUGUAUACAGGGUUGUGCCUACAUGCCAGAAGAGGGCACCAGAUCUCAGUAUAGAUG